AUGAAAUACUGGAGUCAAGAAAGAGGAGGCCUUGCACGAGCAGUGCUUGCGGCCUUGACCGUAUUUACACUCCUGACAACAGUGUUGGCUGAUGAACACGACCAUGUGUAUAAAGAAGGCGAUGAAGUGGUGGUUUGGAUGAAUACAGUGGGGCCCUUGAACAACAGGCAGGAAACAUACCCCUAUUUUCAAUUACCAUUUUGCCAUGGUCCACACUCUUUGGAACAUCAUCACGAGACAUUAGGCGAAGCAUUGCAAGGCAUGGAUCUGGUGAAUUCUGGCAUCCCAAUCACCUAUUUGAAAACCGAAGCCAAUCAGCUGUACUGCAAGGAGACAUUGGAUGCAAAAGAUAUUGAUGUCUUGCGUUAUGCAGUGGAUAAUCAAUAUUGGUAUACCAUGUUUAUUGAUGAUUUACCAGUGAGUGGCACGGUGGGAAGAGAUGAAAGUGCAGACGAGCCUAUGGAUCCUCAUUUUAAGCCGCUCUAUGUCUAUACCCACAAGAGCUUCACCUUUGAAUAUAACAGAAAUCAAAUUAUCUCUGUCAGCCUACAACACGCCAAUCCUGUUGAACUCAAAUACAAUCAGAAAUCACUGGAAUUGAGCUUUACAUACUCGGUAGAUUGGAAUCCAACAGAUGUUGCAUAUGAAGAUCGUUUUGACAGCUUAUUGGAGACUGAUUUCUUUGAACACAAGGUUCAUUGGCUGUCUAUAUUCAGCUCCUUUAUGAUGGUUCUGUUCUUGACUGGCCUUGUGUCUGUGAUUUUGCUGAGAACAGUGAAGCGUGAUUUCACACGAUAUGACCGCGAAGAAGGUCUUACGGAUUUCGACAGAGAUUUAGGAGAUGAAUAUGGCUGGAAGCAAGUGCAUGGCGAUGUGUUUCGUCAACCUCCACGCUUGAUGCUCUUGUCAGCUUUGAUGGGUACUGGAUCUCAGCUUGUUAUUCUUAGUGGUGUAGUAAUUCUGUACACUAUUCUGGGCGAUUUGUAUGCUGAGCGUGCAACCAUUUUGACAGCUACCAUCUUUUUGUAUGCAUUGACAUCAUUUGUAGCAGGAUACACCAGCGCAAGAUAUUAUACUCGAUAUGGUGGUAAGGACUGGGUCAAAACGGUGGUCAUGACAGCUAGUUUAUGGCCUGGUGCUGUUUCCUUGAUUGGCGGUUUCAUCAAUAUGUUGGCAAUCUACUACUCAAGCUCUCGUGCCAUUUCGUUCUAUACGCUGUUAUCCGUUGUUGCAUUAUGGGUCUUUCUGUGUUUCCCCUUGACAUUGCUGGGUACAAUUGUAGGCCGUAACUGGGGCAGUCAAGUUGAUUUCCCUUGCAGAGUCAACCCUAUUCCUCGCCCUAUCCCUGAAAAGGUGUGGUAUGCUGAACCAUUGAUGAUAGUCGCUUUGGGUGGCAUCUUGCCAUUUGGGUCCAUUUUUAUUGAGAUAUACUUUAUCUUUACCUCCUUCUGGACCUACAAGAUUUAUUACGUCUAUGGCUUUAUGUUUUUAGUGUUUAUCAUUCUAUUAACUGUGAGUGCCUGCGUUGCCAUUGUGAGUACAUACUUUUUGUUGAACUCGGAGGAUCACAGAUGGCACUGGAUAAGCUUCAUGACAUGUGCGUCUACUGCCGGCUACAUUUACCUGUAUUCCGUAUACUACUUUAUGGUCAAGACAAAAAUGACAGGCAUGUUCCAGACUAGUUUCUACUUUGGCUAUACCGCAAUCCUCUCCUUGGGCAUGUUCUGUAUGUUGGGCUUCACCGGCCAUUCGGCAGCAAGUCAGUUUGUACGUAAAAUUUACCAAAAUGUCAAGAUUGAUUAA